GACUAUGAACAUCUUAAAGAUAAAAUAACAAUACUCUAGAUGAAGGUCACACCGAUCUUUCUACAGUGUGUAUUGUAUAUGUAUUCACAGCAGAAUAUAACACACGCAGAUUUAGAAUGGGAGAGUACUCAUACACAGAUGGGGAGCUCCGAGUGAACCUCCAGAUGAAGGAAGAUUUCAACGACAAUGGCUACAUCCUCGUACGUGGGGUCCUUACGCCCGAAGAGUUAAAAGUUGUUCGCACAUCCAUAGAACAUCCCGAUGGAGUCACCAAAUACGCAGUAGAGUUUUCUGAUGGUGAUGGUAAAUUCAGUAAAAUGUCACUUUGGAAUCAUCCCGGAAAUGACGUCACUGGUGUCGUUGGAAAAUGUCAAAAGGUGGCGGGUGUGAUGGCAGAGCUUCUUGGAGGGGAGGUUUACCACUACCAUACAAAGUUGAUGAUGAAAGAGCCUCACACAGGUGGCAAAUGGAACUGGCAUCAGGAUUAUGGGUACUGGUACCAAAAUGGCUGUUUAUUUCCGGAUAUGGCCACCGUCUUUAUAGCCAUUGAUCCGAGUACAAAGUCAAACGGGUGCUUAAACGUCAUUAAGGGCUCUCAUAAGUGUGGCCGGGUCGAACAUAAAAAGGUUGCAGGUCAAACUGGUGCAGACGUUGAACGUGUAAAUCAAAUCAUGAAAUUUCCAGGAAUGGAAUUAACAGAGGUUGAAAUGCAGCCAGGCGAUGCACUGUACUUUCAUUCCAAUCUUCUCCACACGAGCUCCCAAAACCUGAGCCCAAACCGACGUUGGGCGUUUCUUUGUGCUUACAACAGACGCAGUAACGACCCAGUUAUAGUUCACCAUCAUCCGCAAUAUACGCCAUUAGAGAUAGUCGACAACAGCGCCAUCUUAAGUUGCACUAACAAUGUGGAUAUGGAGGGAAAAGACUUUUACCCUCCCGAGAAGGGGAUACGAUGGCAGGUGCUUGAAAAGCAAAACGAAAUAAAGGAUGCACAAUAGACUCAGAUCCAGGUACGGACCAAUCAGAGUGGAGUAUUUGAUAUAAGCAUGCGCAAUCAACACAAGUUCCACGUGACACUAGUAUAAAACAAUGGAUUGACGAACAUCCUGAUUUCAGUUGCUAACUCUUAUAUAUAGCCAUCUUGGCCAAAACAACAAUCAA